AUGGGUGCCGUUAUUUCUCAGCUCGGAUUCAACCAGCCGUUUCUUCUCGCUCUUGCUGUGUAAGUUCUUCUGUAUCUGGAAAAGCUUUGACGAGUUUUUUUCUAUAUUAACUAUAAUUAGCCAUGUUGCGCCUCGGUGCAUGUGGUGUGACAAAGUGAGCAAGUUGAAGCAUGAAUUAUUUAGAUGGAAAAUGCGUUGUUACUCACCAUUCACGGAGACCGGGACCGGGCUAGCCGGACCCAAACCACUUUCGUUUUGGGAGGGAGCUCCUUUGUUCUCUCAAGAUUUAUGCGCAAACCUCCUGGAGACAUGAAUUUUUUACAAAAGAAAAAGAAAAAUGAUUUCCUUUCAGAAUAGUUAUUCUUCUUGGCUUAACGGUCGUCGCAGUUGGACAUGACAGCAAUGAAAUAGUCUGUGAUUACGUACCAAUUGUAAGUUUCAUCAUAUACAUUCAUGUUAUUAAAUUUGAUUUGCAGCCUCAAAUUCGAAUACUUCCCACCUCUGCACCUCCGCCACCAGCACCUCCACGAAAAAACAUGUGA